AUGUAUCCAUGGACUUUUUUACACUGUAUCUGUAUCUGGUGGUUGCUGCCGGUGGUGCUUCUUUCACCAUCAGUAAAAGGGCAACAAGCAUAUGUAGCCAACCGCCAACUGGACUGCUACAAUAAGGCCUUCGAUGAAAUCACCAAGGGAUUUGUGUGCAACGGAGUUCAAUCAUCAUGCCAAUCCUACCUCACCUUCCGAUCUAUGCCUCCCUACAAUUCUCCUGUCCUUAUUGCCUAUCUUCUAGGCGUUCCACAAUCAGCCACUCUCAUCGCCUCUAUCAAUGACAUCUCCUCUGACACUGCCUCCAUUCCCACAAACUCUCAGGUCGUCGUUCCAGUCAACUGCUCCUGUUAUGCCCGUCAAUAUUACCAGCACAAUUCCACCUAUGAACUCAAGGAAACAUCCGAAAGUUACUUCACCGUGGCCAACAACACCUACCAAGGCCUCACCACUUGCCAGUCCUUGAUGUCCCAGAAUCCCUACGGCGAUCGGAAUUUGUAUAGGGGUCUCGAUCUCCAUAUACCCCUGAGGUGUGCUUGCCCAACUUCUAACCAAACUGCUUUAGGAGUCAAGUACUUGCUCACCUACAUGGUCACUUGGGGCGAUACCAUUUCUUCCAUUGCCCAACUGUUUGGCGUUGACGAGCAGAGGAUACUUGAUGCAAACAAGUUGUCCUCUAACAACAUUUUCCCCUUCACUCCAAUUCUGGUUCCUUUGACCACUAAUCCCACCAAAAUUGCACAAAAAUCCGCAGUUCCUCCGCCUGCCGCACCAUCUCCACAGACUCCCAUUGUUCCGGUUGGGGGAUCCUCCAGCUCUUCCGAUCACAAAGCCGUGUAUGUGGGUGUUGGGACUGGAGCUGCUUUGCUCGUUCUUCUAUUUGCUGUCUUUGGAUUUCUGUUUUGGCAUCGCAAAUCUCAACCCAAAACGCUGCCACCAGACUCUGAUGAUUUCACUGCCCUCCCCGUAUCUGACAGCAAAUCUUGGUCUCUCUCUUCUCAUGGCGUCCGAUAUGCUGUUGAAUCCUUGACAGUCUACAGAUAUGAGGACUUGCAAAGGGCCACCGGGUACUUCGCCCAAGCUAAUCUGAUUAAAGGUUCGGUGUACAGGGGAUCUUUCAAGGGCGACACAGCCGCAGUCAAGGUCAUGAAAGGGGAUGUCUCUAGCGAGAUCAACAUUUUGAAGAUGAUCAAUCACUCCAACGUCAUCAGGCUCUCUGGUUGCUGCGUGCACGAGGGCAACACCUACCUUGUUUAUGAGUACGCGGACAAUGGCUCUCUCACUGAUUGGCUUCACUCUAACAACAAAUACGGAAUUCUUACUUGGAAGCAGAGGGUUCAGAUUGCCUACGACGUGGCUGAUGCCCUCAAUUACUUACACAACUACACUAAUCACGCCCUACGUCCACAAGAACUUGAAGACCAGCAACAUUCUUUUGGAUGCCAACUUGAGAGCCAAGGUUGCUAA